AUGGAUGAUUUUUCCGUCUAUGGAGAUUCUUUUUCCCCUUGUCUUGCUAAUCUAUGUAGGAUCUUGAAGAGAUGUGAAGAGACAAAUCAGGUUUUAAAUUGGGAGAAGUGUCAUUUCAUGGUUGAAGAAGGGAUAGUUCAUUGUCACAAGAUUUCAGAGAAGGGUAUUGAGGUUGACAAGGCAAAAAUGGAAGUCAUGGUCCAACUUCAGCCACCAAAGACAGUUAAAGAUAUAAGAAGCUUUCUAGGCCAUGCUGGGUUCUACAGGAGGUUUAUCAAAGAUUUUUCAAAGAUUGCUAGGCCAUUGACAAGAUUGUUAUGCAAGGAGCCUGAGUUCAACUUUGAUGAAAAGUGUUUGAAGGCUUUUAAGGAGAUCAAGGCUGCUUUGAUAUCAGCUGCAAUAGUUCAAGCCCCAAACUGGGACCUUCCAUUUGAGAUCAUGUGUAAUGCCUCUGAUUUUGCUAUAGGAGCUGUUCUGGGACAGAAAAAAGACAAGAAGCUGCAUGUGAUACAUUAUGAAAGUAGAACCUUGGAUGAGACUCAAGGAAGGUAUUCAACCACAAAAAGAGCUUUUGGCAAUAGUCUUUGCAUUUGA